AUGACUGAUGAAUUAAGAAUGAUACUUAGUUGUUCGCGAAAAUUACUGAGUAAAUGUCAACAGCAAAAAUAUGGCUCGGAAAAAAAUGAAGGUAAAAUAUGGCAUCAACAUCCCUCGGGAUUAUUAGUUCAAUUACAUUAUCCUGCUUCAUUCCAUAGUUCCUCAAAUACUCUAAGUCCACUGAUAAUUACGACAGAAAAACUACAAUUCCUCACUCAGUAUCUUGAUCGUCCGGAUUGCCUCCAGUAUUCAGCUGUACCGCCUAUUUGUCAGGCUUCGGUAUCCUUAUAUGGUGUCAUGCUAGGCUUGUUUGGUUUGGAUUCCCACUUUCAACUUCAACCGCUGAACUCUCCACUUGCUAUUUUCCUGGAGACUAGGAUCGUUGUACCGAUUGAUCCCACCAAAUAA